AUGCACGCCCCACGUGUAUCUCUCUGCGCACUCCCACCGGACGUUCUUGAGGAGAUCGCGUUCCACGUCGCGCUCUCAGACGUCCUCGGUCCACCCGUGCAUCUCAUACCGCUGCUGUGCACCUGCCAGCACCUCAAUGCUGUCCUCUGCAGACGGAACAAUGUCUACCUCUACGCGCGCAUCUACGCCGCCAAGUUCGACUCGCGCGCGGCACCGCGUCGUAUGGGCCCGAAAGCGGGCCAGUCCAGCGCGCUCGCCGCGCAGCUGCCCAAAUACUGCACCGCCCUCCGUAACAUCCGCCGCGGGGACAUCGACUCGCCUACGCUUGUAACCGACUUCCUGCGCGCGUUCGCCAUGUGUCUGGAAAACGACGGCAAGAACGCCGCGCAGCUCGAGUGGGCGCACCUCUUCGAGUACGCGGAACAAUUCAUCCUCGAGCGCCUCUGGGAAGAGUCCGAGUCCAACAGCUCUAGUGGGUGGCCGGUGGAGGAUGUCACAAACUCGCUCGUGCUGUGGCUGUACUGGUACUCGUCCUCCCAAGAACGGUUCGCGUCCAAGACCGCCGAAGAGCGCGCGCAGCUCAUGGCGCUCGUCCGGCCCUACGCCCUGUACGGCUUCCGCUACCCGCCCUUCCUCGCCCCAGACAACCACGCGAACCUCCCGCUCCCCGGCAGCCCUGAGGCGUACCGCGAGCAUUCCACCGUCACCCCGCACGGCUACUACCCGCUCUACCGCGAGCCCGCGCUCUGCAAGCACACGUUCCGCCACUACGGCCGCGCGCUCACGCUCGCGGAGCCGCCCAUUGGGCUCAUCGCGAAGCUCCUCUACAUCGCGCUGCAGGAGCACAAGCCGAUCGAUGUCGACCAGCCGAUUCCGGACGACCGCGAGGAGGCCGUGCUGCUGGGCGCACGCGGCCCGACCCGCGCGGACUACAUUGAGUUCGCGCGCACUAAGGCGGCUCGGUACCCUGUCCGUGGUGGUUUAGAUCUCGCCAUGCGCCAUGCUGGUGCGAGCGAGUCGCACGAUAACGACUGGGCGCGCUGGCGCGGGUGCUUCAACCCCUGGGGUGCGCCGUCGCGGGACCGCAGCGCGGUAUACACCUUCGGCAGCCUCACCGGCAACUGGGCGGGGCGGUCCUUGGUGAGUCGCGUCGCGUCGUUCCGUGUGCGAGUCAGUGCUUACGCGGACGGGCCACGCAGGACCCGGACGGACACGAAUACACGCACGCGACGAACGCGCGCGAGUUCGACGCGGAGCUCGCGCAGCCGGACAGGCCGGAUGUUACUGAGAACCCGCUGUUCUUCACGCUGCGCGAGCACCGCGCCCGCGCGCGGAGGGGUGGACGGGCGAGUGCGCUCCCGCAUUGGGAUGUGCAGUACCGCGACCCGCUGGAUGAGGGGAUUAUGA